AUGGCAUCAAUAUUUACAUACGACCCCGAUCCACCCAGGGUGUCCUCGCCCUGGUCAAUAUCUGGCUCAUCAACUCCUGGACUUGGUGCAGGCGAGACCCAACGCAGCAAUUCGGAGUCUGGCUUGAUAACAGUUGACUCGGACAGACUGGCAGACUAUGGUAUCUCCAAGCUGGAACCCGAGCCGCAGGAAGGCCCCACAGAGUACAAACUCCAUCUUCUGCUUCGGUCCAGGAGACCGUUUAUUUCAAUGACCACCGGGCAGGUAGUGGGCGGCAAUUUUCAAUUCAGAACAUCAAAUAAGCCCUACUGGAAUUUGGGUCUAUCUCCGGAACCCCCGGCUUCUCCACGUCUCUCUAGCGCUGCACACCUGACAAGUCGUCAACAGAGACUGCAGCAACUUACAACUCAGCUACUAUGGCGUUUACAGCAGUCUUCUCCAUUUCACUCUUCUUCUACUGCCAAUCUGAUUCUUCCUGUUUUACCGGAAGCUACUCCAAAACUGGGAAUCCCGCAAAAGCCUUCUCGUCUAUUACCCGGUCUUGAAGAAAGUCAAGGCGCCCUCUACGAGAUUGGCGUAGCUGACGAUGGUACUUUUGUAGGUUUGAUCAAGGAAGAGCUGGACGAGAGUCUGACCAACCUUGGUGCUAUGGCGGCUAGUCUUGGUUGUAAAAUUGACGUGUUAAGAAAAGUAGUGGUCGGCACUUGUGACUGGGCAGAGGGACCCGAAUCCGAUGUUGUUCAUUCUGGAGAACUAUGGGUUGCAGAAGCUUUGGUGAGCCCUGAUCUUGACUACUACAGCUCGUUGUCUGCAAAAGAGUUAGGUCUUGAUAAUUUAAGCUUGGAUGACAAUGUGCCCACACCAAAGGAAGAGGACACAAUGGAGGGGGGGUGCUCGCAGACGGAACAGAUUCGUAUUUCAAUCACAGGUCCUAGUGCCGCUGGCAAAUCAUCGCUGCUUGGGACUUUGACAACAUCUGCACUUGACAAUGGCCGUGGUAAGAGCAGACUGAGUCUCCUCAAGCACAGACAUGAGAUCUCUUCUGGAAUCACAAGCUCUGUGGCUCAAGAACUCAUUGGCUAUCGAGCGGUCUCCUCAACUGAAGGCACUGUUGACGUGAUCAAUUAUGCAUCGGGAAAUGUGACUGCUUGGAAUGAUAUCCAUGCAGCGUCUGAUGGUGGAAGAUUAGCUUUUGUGUCCGAUCUUCCGGGGCUCCCUCGUUAUGUGAAAUCGACUCUGCGCGGCCUCGUAAGUUGGGCUCCACACUAUGUUAUCCUUUGUAUCCCAGCCAAUAGCUCUCAUGAUCCCACUACUACGCCAGAUGAUGGAGAACAAGCACCCGAAAUUGAUAUUUGCAUGGCUUACCUCGACCUCUGCAUCAGACUUGAAACACCCAUGAUCGUGGCGAUCACCAAGUUGGAUCUUGCGUCACGCAUGGGCUUGAAACAGACCCUUGCCCGAGUGUUGUCUACUAUCAAGGCUGCGGACAAGAAGCCGCUAAUGCUUGCUGUCGCGGGAGAUAACCAGGCCCCGAACUUGAACAAGAUCUCUACGAUGGACUGCCAGGAGGCGUUGAAGACCAUCAAUGCUGUAAAUGGCGACUGGUCUGGUACAAUUCCAAUUCUUCUCACUAGCGCCGUCAAUGGCUCCGGUGUAGGCAAAUUCCAUGCACUAUUACGGUACCUUCCUUUACCGAGAACCCCGUCAUCAAGACUUGUGCACGUACCUCGAAUUAAACACCGACAAGAAGUGCCUACAGAUGUGUUUGAUAUUGACGAGGUGUUUGCGAUUCCGCCAUCGAAAGUGUAUUCUUCCCUCGAUACCUCUCGUUCAGAUACAAGGGGCGUUGUACUUUGCGGAAUAGUUCGCCAUGGUAGUAUCUCUGUCGGAGACGAGCUAGUUAUUGGGCCAAUAGCGGUAGAAACUAGGCCAGAUGAGAACACGCCGCACGCCUCGAAGCCAAGGUCUCUGCACACCCCCGAGAAUGCAUCUCCACAGUCUCGUUCCCUGAAAAGCAGAUCCGUUUCUGGCGAAUUUUCUCCAUUCUCUCAAGGCUCCCUCCCCGGAAAGUCACGAUUUGUGUCCCAUGCUGAAUGGCAGCGAGUGCGGGUCGUCAGUGUGCGCAACCUGCGUUUAUCCGUCCGCAUCUUACUGGAGGAUCAAGUAGGCACUAUUGGGGUUGAGCCGAUACCUUGGGGACCUGGAAAGGAGGUGAAUGCUCUCGGCCGUCUUAAGAAGGGGAUGAUAUUGGCUCAAGCAAGAAUCUCGCCAGAUCAGUCUCCAACCAGUAGUCUUCCUAGCUCUCUUGCAUUCAGUACCGCUUUCGUUGCGACAUUUCCAGCCCGCGAUUUCUCAGUCGCAGGUUCUCCACCUCUGCUACUCGGUGGUGGAGUCGUCGUGUAUAUCGGCAAUAUUCGAGCUGCCGCCAAAGUCACCUGCGUCGCCUUAGCUGACGACAACGAGCUCGAUCCGCACACCGAGCCACUCCCUGAGGAAGGCGACUUUUUCAAUUUCGACGACGACGAGGAGAAAGACAAGCAAAAGCAAGGGAACCGAGUUCGGCGCGCGCGACCCGAGAGCGAAAAGACGAUUGACGUCUCAAGUGCGCAUGGUAUUGGCUUUGUGAAUAUCACAUUUGCGUUCAUCUCGUCUAUUGAAUGGGUUGAAGUGGGCUCUUUGGUGAUCGUGAUGCCGGGAGUAACGACGGCCACUUCUGCGACGGGUGAUCUCAUUCCACUUUCCGGGCUUGAGGGUUAUGUUGGACGAUUGACUGAAGUUAGUAGUAGCGAAGACAUGUCGGAACGAUAG